AUGUCAUCCCCUCCCCUCCUCCGCCUCAUCCAAAAUGUGACCAAAGCCCGAGGCAAACAAUCAAUUCCCACAAGAUACAACCUCCAAAUAUCAUGCCACGUAAAACCCAACGCUUCCAGCCACCGCGAAGGCAUCACCGCAGUAGGGGGAGAGAAAGUUGACGUUUGUGUUGCUGCUGCCCCGAAGGACGGAGAGGCGAAUUUGGCUGUUUCGCGUGUUUUUGCUGAGCUAUUCAAUGUCCCCAAGUCUAAUGUGGGGGUUAUUCGGGGUGCAAAGGGUCGGGAUAAGACAUUGUCGAUUGAAGAUUUGGAUAUUGGAACAGAAGGGGAGGAGGGAUUUCUCAAGAAAGCUCGUCGGAGAUUAGAGGGUGCCGUCGUCGAUAGAUAA